UGAUUGAUGUAACCUCCUCCCCAGGCUCGAAUUAAAUGACCCAUAGACCAACACAUAGACAGAGAGAGACCCGGCUGGUGGGCGAGAUUAUGAUAGAUGUGACAGAGACAGAAAGUUCGUCGUGCACAGUCAGAUGUGAGGCACUAACUUCCUCGUAUACAACUAGUACGCACCCUUCAGCUCAUUCUAUCUGAACUUUAAUCCCGGGAUGGAAGAGCCGAUAUAAAAGAAAAAGGAGCGUUUUUCUAAAGAAUACAAAUAAUUCAGCGUUGAGGACCAAAUAGCAGAACAUACGUGGAAUAUACAGCUGGUUGGAACGAGGUUCUUCUACUAUGGGCUGUGUGGGGUCCAAGGAGCAGCAGGAUCCCAGCAGCAAAGGUGUGGUCAAUGAUGACUCUCUGAACCAGACUCAGACAACUCACUACGUCAAAGACCCCACCACAGGGACCAAGGCUAACAGAACCAUCUCCGUGGCCCCUCCAGUCCUCUCUAAUGGUACUGAGAGCAUUGCCAUUGCACUGUAUGACUAUGAGGGUGUAAAUGAUGGAGACCUGGACUUCAAGAAGGGAGACAAGCUUAAAAUCUUACAGGAAUCUGGAGAAUGGUGGAGAGCACAGUUAAUUAGCACAGGCAAGGAAGGCUACAUCCCCAAUAACUAUGUAGCCAUAGACAGACUUGAAACCGAAGAGUGGUUCUAUAAAGGAGUGAGCAGGAAAGAUGCAGAGAGGCAGCUGCUAGCAUCAGCAAACAAAACGGGAUCGUUCAUGAUCCGUGACAGUGAGACCACCAAGGGCAGCUACUCCUUAUCCGUAAGGGACAGUGAUUCCCAAUCAGGAGACACAGUCAAGCAUUACAAGAUCCGUACACUGGAUAACGGUGGCUUCUACAUCUCUCCACGCAUCACCUUCAACAACCUGCAGGAACUGGUCAGCCACUAUAAAAAGCAGGGAGAUGGUCUGUGCCAGGCCUUGACCAGCCCCUGCCUCAGUCCCAAGCCCCAGAAGCCCUGGGAGAAGGAUGCCUGGGAGAUUCCUCGGGAGUCCCUCAAACUUGAUAGGAAGCUCGGGGCUGGCCAGUUCGGAGAGGUCUGGAUGGCUACAUACAACAAGCACACCAAGGUGGCAGUGAAGACCAUGAAGCCUGGCACCAUGUCGGUAGAGGCUUUCCUGGACGAGGCAAACCUGAUGAAGGCCCUGCAGCAUGACAAGCUGGUCCGUCUGAACGCUGUGGUUACAAAAGAGGAACCCAUCUACAUCAUCACAGAGUUCAUGGAAAAGGGCAGUUUGCUGGACUUCUUGAAGAGUGAUGAGGGCAACCGUGUGCAGCUCCCCAAACUCAUUGACUUCAGUGCACAGAUUGCAGAAGGAAUGGCCUACAUCGAGCAGAGGAACUAUAUUCACCGAGACCUGCGAGCCGCCAACAUCCUGGUCUCGAAGGCUCUGGUGUGCAAGAUUGCUGACUUUGGCCUCGCCCGAAUCAUCGAGGACAAUGAGUACACAGCCAGGGAAGGAGCAAAGUUCCCCAUCAAAUGGACGGCCCCAGAGGCAAUCAACUUUGGCUCCUUCACCAUCAAAUCAGAUGUCUGGUCCUUUGGCAUCCUACUGACCGAGAUCAUCAGCUAUGGACGCACACCAUAUCCAGGUAUGACAAACCCAGAAGUGAUUCGCUCUCUGGAGAGCGGCUACCGCAUGCAGCGCACCGACAGUUGUCCGCAGGAGCUCUAUGACGUCAUGUUGGAGUGCUGGAAGAACAAGCCCGAGGACCGGCCCACCUUUGAGUAUCUGCAGAGUGUCCUGGAGGACUUCUACACUGCAACAGAGAGCCAGUACCAGCAACAGCCAUGAUCCAGAAUGAUUCAGGCAGAUACAUAACCUACUCUCUCAUACUCUUAUACAAAUGUACAUGUGUACAGACAAACCUACAGAGAAAAAAAGGGGAUCUGAACAUGUUUCAGCUGGUUCCUUAUGAAACAUGGCAUUUACUGUAACUUAGUGAAGUAUGACCUAACAAAUCUAUUACAGUGAUUCAUGAAAUGCCUGAGUGUAAGGCGUUUUCAACAUUUGUAUUUAUUUAUAUUUAAUUUGCAUAUCGUGUUGGGUGACUUUACCUUCCCUUUCCCUUUGUAGUUAGCUCUGCCAGUCCUGUUUGUUUGUUUGUUUGUUUGUUGUAUGAAUUAACUGUGCUCUAACUAUGUAUUUGAAUUUGCUUUGCAUACACGCCCAGAAAAUGCACAAAAUGAGAAAUAAAAAAAGAUUUGUACAUUUCCUAUGUAUGCCCAGGGCAUACAGUAUAUUGGAAAAUGUUAUUUUUAUUCUGGCAUAUACCAUUGAAUCACUAUAAUUCACUGAACAAGCACUGGAGUACAACAGUAUAAUCUUUUAAUUUACAAAACAUGUUUCGUCUAUUUGGUAAGGUGAUUAAUUUAUUCAAGCCAAGAGUACCUGUCCAUUCUCUAUACUGAAUGCACAAUAUAUACACAAAAGUAUGUGGACACCCCUUCAAAUGAGUGGAUUUGGCUAUUUCAGCCACACCUGUAUAAAUCGGGCGUACAGUCAUGCAAUCUCCCUAGACAGACAUAGGCAGUAAAAUGGCCUUACUGAAGAGCUCAGUGAAUUUCAACUUGGCACCGUCAUAGUCAGUUGGUCAAAUGUCUGCCCUGCUAGAUCUGCCCCAGUCAACUGUAAGUGCUGUUAUUGUGAAGUGGAAACGUCUAGGAGCAACAACAGCUCAGCCGCAAAGUGGUAGGCCACACAAGCUCACAGAACAGGACCGGUGAGUGCUGAAGCACGUAGCCCGUAAAAAUCUUCUGUUCUCUGUUGCAAAAUGUAGUUCUGUCCUUGAGCUGUUUUUGUCUGUUAAUCUUCUGUAUUACGUCAUUUUUCAUGUUCUGUGUGGACCCCAGAAAGAGUAGCUGCGGCUUUCAAAACCGCUAUUAAGGAUCUUAAUAAAAUACCAAAUACUCACUACCGAGUUCCAAACUGCCUCUGGAAGCAAUGUCAGCACAGUAACUGUUCGUCGGGAGCUUCAUGAAAUGGGUUUCCAUGGCUGAGCAUAGUGCCAACUGUAAAGUUUGGUGGAGGAGGAAUAGUGGUCUGGGGCUGUUUUUCAAGGUUCGGGCUAGGCCCCUUAGUUCCAGUGAAGGGAAAUCAUAAUGCUACAACAUAGAAUGACAUUCUGGAUGAUUCUGUGCUUCCAACUUUGUGGCAACAGUUUGGGGAAGACCCUUUCCUGUUUCAGCAUGACACAAAGCAAGGUCCAUACAGAAAUGCUGUGUUGAGAUCGGUGUGGAAGAACUUGACUGGCCUGCACAGAGCCCUGACCUCAACCCCAUCGAACACCUUUGGGAUGAAUCAGUGCCCAACCUCACUAAUGCUCUUGUGGCUGAAUGGAAGCAAGUCCCCUCAGCUAUUUUCUAACAUCUAGUGGAAAGCCUUCCCAGAAGAGUGGAGGCUGUUAUAGCAGCACAUGGGGGGACCAACUCCAUAUUAAUGCCCAUGUGUUUGGGACGAGAUGUUCGACGAGCAGGUGUCCACAUAUUUUUGGUCAUGUAGAGUAUAUACGGUGCCUUCGGAAAGUAUUCAGACCCCUUGAAUUUUUCCACAUUUUGUUACAUUACAGCCUUAUUCUAAAAUGUAUUAAAUAAAUACUAAAAUUCUCAGCAAUCUACACACAAUACCCCGUAAUGACAAAGCAAAAACAUUACAAAAUAUUGAAAAAGUCAAUGGUUCAGAAUACUUUCCAAGGGCACUGUAUAGGCUACACAAGGGAAUAAUGUGAAAUAUUGUGAGGGACAAUGUGACAUUUUUAGAAAACGCGAUUUUGUUAUUUGCUCAGUUUUUUUAACACUUUUUUGUAGGCCACUGUUAUCAUUUGUUUAGCGUGGCUGAAUAAUUUGUGUAUUGAGGUAGAUGCCAUAACAAUUGACUGCACAGCCAUUCAAUGCUGGAUAGGGGAUGUUUUCAGAUGAACAAUGUUUUUUCUUAAACAAAAUGCUUUUUGAUAUUUUGUUAUAGAUGCUUGUAAGUGCAAUAAAGAAAAUUAGUUGAAGCCAGA